AUGCCCAGAGAGAAAGAGGACAGAAUGAUCGCACCAUCUCCGGAUCCCGCGCAUCUGAAGCAUCGGCAGACGUCUACCAGGUGCCUCGCGUCAUGUCCCGCCGUGCCGUGCCCACCGCAGUCCAUAGCCAGAUCAUAUUCUUCCAUGAUCCAUCCCAUGGCGGGCGGCAUGGCCCCGGUCUUCACUUCGGCUUCUAGUGGACGGAAUCACGGAUACGCAUCGAGAGCCUCCAUGAAGCUAGGGAUCAUACGGACCAACGCGGACUACGGACAAAUUCGCAAACUCGUUAGCUUGACACAGUCCCGCGAUGGGACCAUCAUCAUCCAUGACCUUGAAUUAUCGUGGCCGAUACCGCCAUGUACGACAGAAUCUUCUUCCAAGGGAAUCCACCCCUUUUUGCUGCUUCAGUAUCAGCAUGCCAGGCAAGCCUUUGAUUACAAGCUUGUCAGUGUCGUCUGCUUGCGAGAUAUCCGCACCAUGAUGCAGCAGGGGCCUUAUUUUGGAAUUGCCUCAUUUGGUUUGGUCGCUGCCCACAAGAACCCCCCGUGCCAAAUCUUCCACUGCUCAGAAGUCUUCCUGGGAUCCUGGAAGCUGGCACUGGCAGACAACGAUAUCCGCACACACCGCAACUGCAAAAUCCGGGCACGUCUUGGCAGCCAUGGACCAGCAGCGAUGCCCGUUUGCCAACUUGUCGUCAGGUCCUUGAGCUUUCAUCUCGUCUUCGGCUUCAUCGUCUCCACAAGUGCACGCACAUCAACGGUUCCGUUCCAAGUCAUGAUCUCACGCUUGAGCCAGCCGGGAAACUCUGUCAUCGCACGGCCGCUAGCGCUCGCCGACCUUGAGAAGACGACGCAUCCCGGGACCUCCCUGUCCAACGGCUUUCAAGCCUGCUUGCCUCUAAUCUUGACCGAAUAUCUCGAGUCCUCGUUGGUCAGAUGCGCACCAAGGCCGCCCACAAUUCAGACCGAGCUUCUCCCAUCGCCGCAAUGCAAGUCCAUCGCAGUGGCGAAGACCACAGCCACGCGUAUUGUGCGCGGUCGGGCGCGGGCACAAAUGCAGUCGCACAUGCCGCCCGAGGUCCACAGUGCCGAGGGUGACGAGAAUGGGCUCAGCGGACCGGUCACCGACGACCAGAGUCGGGGAGAGAAACCUACGUUGGCUUCAACGGCGCGGAUCGCGAUCCAUGCCAUGUCCUCUUCAGCCCAUGUUCUUCGCCCGUACUGCAUGUCACCUGGCAUCGACAGAAGCGCCGCCGCACUCGUGCGCACCUGUCUCGAAUUCUAG